AUGCUGCGACGCAUCGCUGCGCUCAUACUCAUCUGCAGCCAUGCCAGUGCACUGCGGCCGACGCGGCGCCAGGCGCUAAAGGGCACGGCAGGCUCCACAGUCAUGCUCAAUUUUUUACCAGGAGCUGCGCGAGCCGCCGCGAAGGGCCUCGGUUUGCCUACAAAGGAAACCAACGACGUCGUCAGCACCGUGGACGGCAUCCGCCGCAAACGACUGGGCAACUCGGACAUCGCCGUCAGCGAGCUCGCACUUGGGACGCAGCGCUGGGGCGGCGCCGACUUCAAUAGUCCGGACGAGGAGUUGUGCCAUCAGCUGUUGGAUCGGGGCGUGCUCGAGGGUGGCAUCAACCUAAUUGACACGGCGGAGCAGUACCCGAUCCCCUCGGACCGCUCUAGACCGGAGGGCGCGACGGAGGAGAUCAUCGGCCGAUGGCUCAAGAAAGGCACCGGCCGACGAAACAAAGUAGUGCUGGCCUCAAAAAUCACCGGCGGCCGCAACAUCAACAAGCGUAGCAUCCGAGAGGACUGCGAGGGCUCUCUGAAAAGAUUAGGUGUGGACACGUUAGAUGUCUACUUAUUACACUGGCCGGCGCGCUACACGCCGCAAAGCAACUGGGGCGCGCCGCCGCGUCGAAGCCGUCGACGCCACGCCAUCGACGCGACCCCCACGUAGGUCAAUCGCUGGAGUACGACUGGGAUUUAGGAGCGAUCACGGUGCCGUCGGCCGCGAGUUUCCGGGAAAUCGUGAGUGCCAUGGGCGAGCUGAUCAGAGAGGGUCCGCGCCGGUGCCGCUACAGACAAUUUACGGGGGACUGUCGCGUCGAUGGCGUACCGCACAGGCAAAAUCAGAGGCUACGGCGCCUGCAACGACAACGCCGUGGGUCUCAUGGGUCGCGCGCCAGUGCAGAAGUCAUCGCGUCGGCCUCCACGCCGUCGACGCUCAUCGCACACAGGCAUGUACGGCGCCGCGCGCGAGCUCGGCGUGCCCGGGCCGCUCUGCAUGCAGAACGACUACUCGAUCGUGAAUAGAAGGGUCGAGGAGAACGGCCUCUCGGAGGCGUCGUCGCCGGCGAUCGCGAACGCUGGAUUCAUGGCGUACAACGUGCUCGCGGGCGGCAUGCUGACGGGCAAGUACGGGCUUGCGCCCGGCGACGGCGUCGCGCCCGCGGCCGUCGACGACGGCGACCGCGCCCGGGCCAAGAGGUAUGCGGAAGCACCUAGGGGCCGGAUGGACACGCGGGGCUGGGGCCUGACAUUGGGACGAUACCGCACGACCGCGAUGCGGAGCGCGGCUGCGCAGUACACCAAACUAGCGAAGGAGUACGGAAUCAAGGGCGGUCCCGCGCGGCGUCCUGCUCCAAGGUCUGGACUCACGCCCGACGCCAUCGACGCGCCACCGAGUCGCAUCCGCGCGCAGGCCUGACCGAGCUGUCCUUCCGCUUCGUCGCCGGGCGGAAAGCGGUGACGUCGUCGCUCGUCGGCCACACGUCCCUCGCCCAGCUCGACGCGUCCAUCGACGCCUACCGGAAGGCGGCGAAGGGCCCGCUCCCGGACCAGCUUCUGUGGGACAUCGACCGCGUGCAUCUACAAAAUAGGUUGCCGCUCUUCGCGAACGACGAGGCCGGCAAGGAUUGGAGAAAUGAGGGCUUCAUCGGGGAGCGCAUUCCAUGACGAUCGCUUGAUACUGCCUUCCCGUACGCCAUCGACGCGGCAUCGCGGCGAUGGCGUGGUGGGAUAGAUUACGCCAGUCUGGCUCUACACCACCUCCACGCCAUCGAGGCGACUCGCGCUCGCGUGGACGCCACCAGCGGGCGUGUUUGUUUAAGUUAUAGGUCACCUUACAGCAACCUAACAGCGGCACGCGCCCUUACCUCUCGGAUCGUUGAGCGCGCUCCACCGAAU